GAGCAGGCUCAUCAGUUUUUGCUCCUCACAGCAUCCGAGCAGCUUCAAGCCUCUCAACAAGGAUUCUUUUCGCCCACCUGAAAGCCAGGACCAAACCAACACAUCAAGAUGGCCAAGAUCGUACUUGGAAUCGUUGCAGUAAUUGCAUCUUUCAUGCUGGUGAACUCGCUCACCUGCAACAAAUGCUCCAUUAGUGUUUUUGGCACCUGCUUGAGCUCCGGCACUGUGGAAUGCGCGACCAACAGCAGCGUCUGCUUCACUGGAAAGAUCGAGUUCACAUCAGUCACCGCACUACGCUUGAACUCACAGGGUUGCCAGAAUACCACCACUGGUUGCAACAUGACCACGACGAACUCCCUGCUUGGCUUUGAGUACAACAGGACCAUCGAAUGUUGUGAAUCUGAAAAGUGCAACAGUUUCACCCUUAGUGGAGCCCCAACCAACAAGCUGACCUUCACUGCCGCCAUUGGGGCAGCUCUCCUGGCCUCCGUGUGGGGAAGCAUGCAGUAAAAUGUUCACUGCUGAACCUUCGAGCUCUGUCCGAAAUAAACUCUGGUCAUCAUGAGUUUAAAAAAAAUAUGGUUUCAGUGACACUUUAUUUCAUAUAACUUAUAUUCAUGUCAUGUUAGGUUUUGGGGUUCACAAUGACUAAAGUCCACAUCGUGGAGGUUGAUCAAUGGAAUGAAAACAUUGUGUUGAGCAUUGAGUAUGUCGACCUUCCAUGUUGUUGUUUUUCUUCGUUUUGGUUUGUAAUGAAUACAUUUAUUUAUCAUUACACUAAAUAGUUUUUACUGUAGAAAACUCAGGAUGUUGAAAUAAACAAAAUCACUGAUCCUUCA